GGGCGCAUUCCCCGGCAGCGAUGUGGAGGGAAAGAGCGACUUGGUCCAGCUGAAAAUCCAGUAGUUUUGCAACGGGUACCAUCGCACUUGGACAGUUUAUGAGUUUUUGCGCUUCUUAGGGAAAACGCUCCACCGUCGGCGUAAACUUCUGCGGGGGAAAUAGUCGACACUCUCAAGUGAAGAAACUGCAGCCUGGCCGUUGCGCCUCUAUUCUUUUUUUUCCUUUCUUUUUUUUUUUUUUUUUUUUUGGCCUGAGCCAUUGUUUUCUCACACAUGGAUAUUAGGAGGUGAAACUGGACGUCAUUGUUGUUCUUGAGUAACCUAUCAGUCGGUUUGACUGUAGUUUGCACGGUCCCUGGGGGUCUGUAGGAGGAGAGUCCCAUUCCUCAGCAGCACAAGGAGAGACACACAGGGGCCACAAGUUGUCCACUGCGAAGGAGACAAAACUUUGCCAAGUUCCAGCGCAUCCGGCCGCCGACGCCAGAUUCGAUAGCUAUUUCACGCCUAUGCACAUGUUUUAACUUUUAUGGUGGAUUAUUGCGAGAUUCAACAUGGAAAAAUGGGAAGACGCUCCAAGCAUGAGAACGGAGUUUUGAAAACGCACCACUGCUUGCAGAUAGCUUAGUUCAUGGUUUUGACUCACUCGUUUGGACUACUUUGAAAUAAUAAAAAAAGCCAAUUGUUUUUAGCAAGUCUUAUUUUUUUCCCUCCGCUAAAUACUGUCUCCUUUUUUUGGUCUGCAAAAAUGCCACAAUUAAACGGAGGAGGUGGGGAUGAUCUGGGGGCGAAUGAUGAAAUGAUAUCUUUUAAAGACGAAGGAGAGCAGGAGGAAAAGAUCUCCGAAAAUGUAUCAGCAGAAAGGGAUUUGGAUGAUGUGAAAUCCUCCUUAGUGAACGAGUCGGAAAACAACAGCAGCUCGUCAGACUCAGAGCAAGCAGAGAGGCGACCUCAAACCAGACCCGACUCAGAAAGUUAUGAGAAAACAAGAGAUUACUUCAGUGAAGCACUGAGAAGGCAUCAAGAUGGUGGCUUUUUCAAGAGUCCCCACUAUCCUGGCUAUCCAUUUCUUAUGAUCCCAGACCUCACCAGUCCCUACAUAUCCAAUGGUUCGCUGUCUCCCAGUGCAAGAACGUACCUGCAGAUGAAAUGGCCUCUUUUGGACGUCCCAGGAUCCGCAGGACUAAAAGACUCCCGUUCUCCAACCCCAGGGCAUUUAUCCAACAAGGUCCCAGUGGUGCAGCAUGCCCACCAUGUCCACCCGCUGACCCCCCUCAUCACCUACAGCAACGAACACUUCUCCCCCGGCACGCCGCCCUCACAUCUCUCCCCGGAGAUACUAGACCCAAAGUCAGGUAUUCCCCGGACGCCUCACCCGUCAGAGCUCUCUCCAUACUACCCCCUGUCUCCCGGCGCCGUGGGUCAGAUCCCCCACCCUCUGGGCUGGCUGGUGCCACCGCAGGGCCAGCCCAUGUACUCCAUCCCCCCAGGGGGAUUCCGUCACCCCUACCCGGCGUUAGCAAUGAAUGCAUCCAUGUCCAGCUUGGUGUCCAGCCGCUUCUCCCCUCACAUGGUGACCCAUCCUCCGCACAGCCUCCACCAGACUGGCAUCCCCCACCCUGCCAUCGUCUCCCCCGCCAUCAAGCAGGAGCCCAGUGGUGACAACAUCAGCCCCUCGAUGCACGCCAGGAAGUCGCCGGGGCCUCCCAAGAAAGAGGAGGACAAGAAGCCUCAUAUCAAGAAGCCGCUGAACGCUUUCAUGCUGUAUAUGAAGGAGAUGAGGGCCAAAGUGGUGGCAGAGUGCACUCUGAAAGAGAGCGCCGCCAUUAACCAGAUCCUGGGAAGACGGUGGCAUUCCCUAUCCAGAGAGGAGCAAGCCAAAUACUAUGAGCUGGCUCGGAAAGAGAGGCAGCUCCACUCCCAGCUGUAUCCAGGAUGGUCAGCACGAGACAACUAUGGAAAACGGAAAAAGAGGAAGAGAGAUAAUAAGCCAGACUCAACACCAGAGGAUUUCUCAAUAAGAAACAAGAAGCAAUGUGUGCAGUACCUGCCCUCGGAGAAGAUGUGCGACAGUCCCGCAUCGUCCCACGGCAGCAUGCUGGACUCCCCCGCCACCCCCUCUGCAGCCCUGGCCUCCCCGGCUGCCCCUGCCGCCACUCACUCAGAGCAGGCCCAGCCCUUAUCCCUCACCACCAAACCGGAGGGACGCAUGCACCACCACUUCCCCGUACCUGGGAAGGCGCCUGGAUCCACAUCCUCCUCCUCCUCCUCUUCCUCUUCCUCCUCCUCCUCCUCCUCCUCCCAACCGAGCAUGUCCAUCCCAGUUGGUACCUCAGGUAGCCAGUCGACCACGCCCAUCCUCACUCGGCCAAUCCCCUUCACCUCCCUGCACCCCUCCAUGCUCUCCCCGCCCUCCCCUUUCCACCAGGCGGCCCUCCACUCCCAUCAUGCCCUGUUCCAGUCGCAGCCCCUCUCCUUGGUUACCAAAUCAACUGACUAAAUCGACAAAAGCAAUUCCCCCUCCCCCAUUUAUUGUGCUGUAUAUUGCUUUUCUUUCAAAUAGGUAUUAGAACAACUUUUUUUCUAAAUAAUGAAAAGGAAGAAAUAUUAUUGGUCAAUAUUUGAUCGUCUCCUUUUCUACAUCUCUCAAUGAAACAAAAUGUAUUUUUUGUAAAGUUUACUGCAGAACUGGUUUCUUUUUGAUGCAUUUAUCCAAUGAACCUCUUGUAUAAAAGAACCAAUGUACAUAAAGUUUCUUUAUAAAAACAAAAAGGAACAAAAAACACAUUCUCUUUUUAGCCAAAACUUGAUUAAUGUUAGUAUUAAGUUGAAGUCAUAGUACUGGCCAAUAAUUGCAGCCCCCUCCCGCCCCCUUUUCAAUUCUCAAGUGUGUGCCCCUUCUUUGACAUGUUAAAUAAACAUUUGAAAU